AUGACAAAGAAGGAAUGGGAGUCAUGUCUCGAUCCUGGAGAAAAGCCUUCUGCAUAUCUUUCUAUUGUUAUUGUAACUCGAGUCGAUAAUUAUGCUGGUGGUCAACAUCAUCGUCUUCAAAACUUCAUUGAUUCUGCAUACAUUUUGGCUGAAAAGACAAAGACAGACAUUGAGUUAUUGAUUGUUGAAUGGAAUCCUCCUCAAGACAAAAGAAGAGUCAUUGAUGCUUUUAGAUUCAGGGCUUCCAAUUAUCUAAAAUAUAGAAUCAUCACCAUACCCAAUUCUCUUCAUAAAAUCAUGCAAAACCGAGGAAAGUCUCCUCUGCACGAAUUUGAAGGCAAGAAUGUUGGUAUUCGGUUUGCUCGUGGUGAAUUUAUUGUCUGUACAAACCAAGAUGAUAUUUGGUCACAUAAUUUCCAUAAUGCUAUCAUUUCUAGAGUCUUCAAAAAGGGCUAUAUUUAUUUACAGCAUCAAGAUCAUCACAACAUUCAUGAUAAUUUGCCACCUUCCAUUGUUAACUUGGAACCCUUCUCAAGUGACAAAGUGAUUUAUGAAAGCUGCUCAUUAGGAGACCAAAACUGGGGCAAUUACGAAAUUCAAGACAAAACUACUACAAUGAACAUUCUCGAAGUAGCUGAUCAAGCUGGUGAUUUCACAAUGGCUCAUAGAGAUACUUGGAAGGUUCCAAGAGGUUACAGAGAAGCAGGUGGUGUUGCAUGGAUGGAUAUUGAGUUUAUCUGCACAGCCACUUGGACAAAAGAUAUUCCUGUUGUAUAUGUAAAGCCUGGCUUUACUUGUCAUCAAGAGCAUGAUAAUGUCUGGGAAAAUAACAAGGAAGCAAUGAACGACAACUCAAAUAUUGAUAUGAGUAAAAUUGAACGUAAAGAAAAAGUUUAUAUGAACAAGGAAGGUGAAUGGGCCUUAUUGAAUUACAAAAUCUAUGAAGAAGGUUUAAGCUGUAUUGAAUUCCAAGGUGGUCUUGCUUUGUAA